CUAAGAACUCGUUCAGGAGCAUGCGCCGGAAAACAAACCUCCAUCAUUCCAAAGAUCCGCUAGUGCAUAUCUAUUAAAGCAGAAACCUUUCGUUUCGAUUUGUUUCAAACGAGAAAUUAUUUCGUGUGUAUUGAAAUAUUUAUACAAGAACUGUCGGAAUAUUUUAUAUUUUGCUAAAGAAGUUUGUAUUAUAAAAUGGAAACUUCAACAACUCCCGAGACUUCAGAAUCCAAGCGCGGAUCUCCUGGACCAUCUCCAUCUCUUGAAAAUCCUUCAAUAACACCAAAGGAAGAAAAAAUACCUUUUCAGUUUGAAAAUGCUUCUCUUAACGAUAUGAGGAAAGCCAUAAGGGAAAAAUGGCAAGAAAUUGAAGAAUUAAAAAAAGCAAUUAGUGAAGCAGAUGAACCGGAUUUUGAUGAAAGUCAGAUGGAAUGGUGCAUUGAUAAAUUGCAGAAGUGCAGUGAAUGUAAAGAACAAAUUCAUAUGGUGAUGGAAAGUAUAGCUGUUCUUCAGCAAAAAACUGUGAAGGAAGUCUAUGAAGAUCUUGGCAUGAAAGAUGAAGAUUAAAAUGAAGAUUCACUAAAAAAUUAUCUUAAGUUAUAAACCAAAUUAGAAAUAAAUAUUAAUUAAAUGCAAAAAUGGAACAAAAAAAAAAAGAAUUAAUUGGGCCUGAAGUCUUUUUCAAGGGUCACCAUCAGGUAGGGAUUCAAACCAGGGAUUUUUUUUCUAAGAGGUCUGAUUUUCGUCCAAAAUAUUUACCCCUCGUGACCUGAAAAUCCCAAAAAAUUGAGGUUUUGGAGAUAAGAAUUAGUAUCAGAAAAUCAAAGACAAUAAUUACACAAUAACAAGCAGAAUAUUAUAUUAUGUAUUGACCCUGUAGCUUCCUGUUUUAUGACUUUCAAUACACAUGCACUUUUUCAACCGGUUUCAGCAGAUGCUUUUUUUAAAUAAUUCAGUUAUUUCUUUGAGCGCGUUCUCUAAGACUGCACCUCCCUGUUAGUGUUCCAGUGAUAAACAAGGCUUAGAAGAUGGCGCUAAAACUUGGGCCCCGAUACAUCAUCCACUUUACUGAUCCUAUUAUGAAGCAGUACUCCAGACACAUUUAAAUGAAGCAGGAAGUAAUUUUAGUGAUAAGGAUAAUUGUACAGAAGAGUUUUUCGAUGAAAGUUCGCCUUCAACUGAUUAUCAUAUGUAUAUUAAAACAUAAUUAAUUUUUCUAGUGAUAAUGUAUUUUGAAAAUUUAUGAAAUAUAUUAAUAAAAUAAAAGAUAUAUAUACAGAAUUUAUAGGCUGAUUUUUAUAUUAGUUCUUAACCUGUAUGUUCAAAAUGCCCUAGAAAACCACCGUGCUAUGAAUGUCACACAAGCCGAUAAAAAAUCGGCCAAUUUUACCCAUUGUCAUUUUUUUAUUUUUUAUAUGAUUAUUUAAUUUUACAUUAUAUUAUAGUUAAAAGUAAUAUGUUUUUUCAAGAAUAUUAUUUAUUGUAACAUGUAAUUUGAGAAGAAAAUGUAUGUUCCAACUCAUUUACUUUUUUCAAUGAUAAUAUAUUUUGAAAACUUUCUAAAACAUAUCUAUAUAUCAAGAAAAAUAUCUGCAAAAUAUAUUGGCAAUUUUUCAUACUAAUGCAGUCUCGUAGACCAGUUAAGUCCUAAAAUUUCACCUCCCCAGUUAAGGGUUAAAACAUCUAUACUGAAAAAGUUUUGGGAAAAAUCAGUAGUAAUUAAGUUUUUAAUGAGAUUGUUUGUUGCUUCGGUAUAAGAAAUUUUGUUAUUACAAAUUUUUUUAAUCCCGUCAAAUUGUGAGAGCAUCAAAUUUUUGAAAACAUUAGAGUUUCAAUUAGAAAGGUAAUUACUAAAUUUAAUGAUUUUAAAGUUAAAUUCAUCCCUUUUAUCGUAAAUACCUACCAAAUUUUUUCCGUUAGAAAUUUCUAUUUUUAAAUCUAGACAGAAAGCUUUAUGCUGAUUUUCGUUCACUUCAUUUAAAAAUAAAUCAUUAGGGUUACAAUCAAUAACAACAUUAGAAUUAUUUUAAAAAUAAAUCAUUAGGGUUACAAUCAAUAACAACAUUAGCAUUUUUUAAGUUUAAUAAAAGCAAGUCAUUGAUAUAUCUUCAUCUAUACAAUGACCUAUUUCUUUGUUUUUCAUAUUUUAAUGAGGGUUUUUUUUUGUUUGUUUCAUGAUUAAAUGGUCUUUUUGUAGCUUGGUUUUAUUCCAUUUUGCUGUGAUCUUACUUAGAUUUAGAAAAUUUUUUGAAAUAAUAUUUUGCUUGUUAUUGUGUAAUGGAGUUUGUAAUACUAAUUCUUAUCUCUGAAACCUGAAUUUCUUGGGAUUUUUGGGUCACAAGGGAUCAGUAUUUUGGAUGAGAGUCGGACCUCUCAGAUAAAAAAUCUCUACCUUAGGGUGACCUUUGAAAAAGUCUUCAGGCUGGAUUCAUUGCUUUGCUCUUUUUGGUUCCUUUUUUGCAUUUAAACUUAAUAUUUAAUUCUAAUUUGGUUAAGUUCAUUUGUGUUUUAGUUGUAGCAGCAUUAGCAUUCUUUAAAUGCAAUGCAUCUUUUAUUAGUUUGGUUCAGGAAAUAUUUAUUUUUAAAUUGAAUUUCAGAAUGAUUACCUUUUUUGAUUGAUAGUUUCUUCUUAUUAGUUAUUGUAGCUAUUCUAAAGUAAUUUUAUUUACGUAAAAAUUGCAAGAACUUGCUAAAAUUGUAAUCUGGAAUAUUCUAAAGUUAUCUCUUUAGAAAUGUUUAUUAUUAUUAUUAUUUUACAAUUUACACUCUUAAAAUGGUUAAAGCUUUAUAUUCAUCAAUAAUAUAGUGUUUAUUGAAUUUUAAUUUUCUAGUUAGAACAAAUAUUCUUUUAAUUUGAUACUAAUAUGAGAGCCGAGUCAUUCAUUGUUUGAUCCUAAAUUCACAUCAUGUGAUACUUGUGCUAUUGUAAUAUAUGAAUUGUCAUUGUAAAUAGACAUCGUGUGUAUUUAUUUAACUAUUAUAUACAUAUGCAUAUUUCUGAAAUGUGAUAGUUUUUUUCCAAUUAAUAAUGUAAUUGUUCACAGCAGAUGAUUUACAUUUUUUCUUAGUGAUGUAUCAUGAAUAAAAUCCUUUAAUUGCAGGGAUUACCCUAAAGUUUCAAAAAAGUGUAAAUUUCCUUGCAUUUUGUUGGGUAAAAAUAUUAUGCCUAGUACAAGUAUUUAUUAAAUCUAUAGAGCCUAAUAAUAUAAUAAUUCUUGCAUGUGCUGUUGUAAAUAAUCAUCUUGUAUAUGCCAUAUUUAUAUACAGUAGACUCCCGAUUAUCCGCGGACGGGUUAUCCGCGCCUGCCGCACAAAGUUUUCUCUUUUUCUUUUUGACUGAUUUUUUCAAAAAGUGCAGUUUUACAGUUAUGCUUUUGUAAUUACAUAAUACAUUACAGUAUUAAAACAGUACAUAUGUAUUCAUUUUUCUGUGUAUUCUUGACGCCUCUCGUAAAUACAAAGCACUUUUCUGUUUUCAUUAACAAAAUGCAUUUUAGGUUAGUUUUGAGUGAUAUACUAAAAUAUUAAGCGUUAGUUAAACAUCCUGCUGUUUAUUUUACGUUUUAUUGUACAUAAAACGAUUUUUUCAAGUUGGAAGGACUUUUCUUUUUUGCUGUACCCGUUUUUAGCUUUUUUCGGAUUAUCCGCGAUUUUUGUUAUCCGCGGCGGCCGCGCCACCCAAUUCCGCGGAUAAUCGGGAGUGUACUGUAUUAGUUUGUGUAUUCAGAUUUUUUUCAAAAUGCUAUGCAGAAUUUUUACUAUCAAUCAAAGUUGCUUAACAUAACAGCUUUGUAUCAGAAAAGUAGUGUAUAAACUUUAAGAUCAAUGUUUUAUAAUUUGGUAGCAAGAUUUGUAAAAUAUCAGGACACUUUAUUCUAAAUAAUUCAGAUUCCAGUUGCCAUAGUUUCACAGAAAUGUAGUCGCUCCUACCAUCUUAUUCAAAAAAGAUAUUCUUAUCUUUCAAUAAACUUUUUAAGCUCAAAAUUUAAAAAUCUUUUAUGAAGAAAAUUUAAGAAAUACUAAUUACACAAAAUCAUCUUAUGUCAACAAAUUUUCUUGAAAUCUGUACAGCUUAUAUUUUAUUUGUUACCAUUUUUGUCACCACUGGUAAUUAUAAAUGUUCAUAAUGUUUUCAUAAUUAUGUUAAUAAUGUCAUCCUACUUGAGAAAUUCUUAAUACACAUAGCUAUCUGUGAGUAAUAUUUGCAAAUAAUACCAGAGACACUAUUGCUAAAUGGAUAAUUUAAUAAUAUUAUCAAAUGAAUAUCCUCUAUCACAAAAAUUGGAUUUUGAAGAAGUUUUCUGAAAUGAAAACUUGGAAUAAACACCAUAAAUUAUUUUUAUUUUACAACAUUAGAAACAUCUUACCAGGUUGAUAAAUUUGUAUUCAAUCAAACUUUAUUUGAUUGCAAUAUCAUAAUACAUUGAACAAUGUUAUUGAAACAUUUAUGAACUAUUACAACACCAUACAAGCAUUAAUUGUACAAUGGUGAAUUUAAAUAAAGAAGAUAUAAAAUAGAUUUGUAUCGAAUAAAAAAAUAAAUAAAUUUUGAAUUGUUCUCUUACUUUUUAUAAGACACUUUAAAAUAAAAUGUUCUGAAGCGUGAUUAAGCAUUUCAAAAAAGGAAAUUCUAUAAUGUUUAUUAGGACCUCCUACUUAAAGAGUAUCCUUAACGAGUAUGUUAACCUUAAAGAGGACCUUUUUAAAGACUAUAUUAGUUAAGAAAAUGAGUCAUCUUUAGAUCAUAGUUGUUUAAAAUAGUGUCUUUUGAGAUUAAUUACUUAAAAUAUUUUAAAAUAAUUAAUUUAUUUGAAUAAAAUUAAUUUUCCUCUAUUUUAAUUUUUCUAUUGCCCUUUAUUAUUUUGAUCUUACUAAUGCUUGAAAACUUAUUUUUUUAUCAUCUGAAUUUUAUUUUAUUUUAUGUCAUGUAUGUAUAUGAA